AUGAACCUCGUGGGCAGCUACGCACACCAUCACCACCAUCACCAUCAUCACCACCCUCACCCCGCGCACCCCAUGCUCCACGAGCCCUUCCUCUUCGGCCCUGCCUCGCGCUGUCACCAGGAGCGGCCCUACUUCCAGAGCUGGCUGCUGAGCCCCGCUGACGCUGCCCCGGACUUCCCCGCAGGCGGGCCACCGCCCGCAGCCGCUGCAGCCGUUGCCUCCUACGGUCCAGACGCCAGGGCCGGCCAGAGCCCCGGGCGGCUGGAGGCGCUCGGCGGCCGCCUGGGCCGGCGGAAAGGCUCAGGACCCAAGAAGGAGCGGAGACGCACAGAGAGCAUUAACAGCGCGUUCGCCGAGCUGCGCGAGUGCAUCCCCAAUGUGCCGGCUGACACCAAGCUCUCCAAGAUCAAGACUCUGCGCCUGGCCACCAGCUACAUCGCCUACCUGAUGGACGUGCUGGCCAAGGACGCACAGGCCGGCGACCCCGAGGCCUUCAAGGCCGAACUCAAGAAGGCGGAUGGCGGCCGUGAGAGCAAGCGGAAAAGAGAGCUGCAGCAGCACGAAGGCUUUCCUCCUGCCCUGGGCCCAGGCGAGAAGAGGAUUAAAGGGCGCACAGGUUGGCCGCAGCAAGUUUGGGCGCUGGAGUUAAACCAGUGA